AUGGGAAUCGAUGAGAACCCGCAUAACAAGAAAAAGGUUGGCCAUUACAUUUCUAACCGCUCAAUUAGACCACUAGCUUGGGGUGUGGUUGAUGAGUGUCAUGGGUUGCCACUACUGAUAGACAGAGUAGCAAGAACCUUCAAAAAGAAGGGGGAAAAUGAAGUGCUUUGGAAUGAUGGAUUGAAACAGUUGAAAAGAUGGGACAGUGUCAAGCUCGACGACAUGGAUGAAGUGCUAGAACGCUUACAGAUUUGUUAUGAUGAUUUGAAAGAUGGUGAAGAGAAUCUUUGCUUUUUGUAUGGUGCAUUGUAUCUCGCAGAAAGAGAGAUAGAUGUAGAUUACUUGUUAGAAUGUUGGAAAUCUGAAGGUUUUAUUAAUGAUGCAAGUAAUUUCAAAAGUGCGCGCAACAGAGGGCAUUCGGUACUAAAUGAGCUUAUCAAGGUAUCUUUGCUGGAGAGAAGUGAUAAUAGUAAAUGUGUUACGAUGAAUAAAGUGCUUCAGAAAAUGGCGCUUAGGAUCUCAUCGCAAAAUACAAAGUCCAAAUUUUUAGUGAAGCCACCUGAGGAGUUCGAAGAUUUCCCCAAGGAGGAAGAAUGGGAACAAGCCAGUCGGAUUUCUUUGAUGGGGAGCCAACAAGGACUUUUACCAAAAACUCUAGAUUGUUCUAGUCUCUUAACAUUGUUGCUUCGAACCUUUGCUCAAAUCCUCGAGUCUAUUGAUCAUCCAGGCCACAACAUCUUGAAGUUGGUCAAUGGUGAUGAUGUAAGUCCUAUAAUCAUGAAGGUGCUAAUGGAAACCAAUGCAUUGGGACUAAUUGACUACGGAGUUUCAAGUCUAUUGGAUUUUAGCAUUGAGAAUAUGAAUAGGAUAUCUAAUUGUUUGAUUAAAGGAUGCAGUAAAAUUAAGACCAUUAUCGAUGGUGAUCGAGUAUCAGAGGCUGUGCUACAAUCGUUGGAAAAUUUGCACAUAACCGAUGUCCCAAAUUUGGAAAACAUUUGGCAGGGGCCUGUUCAAGCUCGAAGUUUGUCUCAAUUAACAACUGUGACAUUAAGUAAAUGUCCGAAGUUGAAGAUGAUAUUCUCUGAAGGUAUGAUUCGACAAUUUCUUCGACUGAAGCACUUGAGAGUUGAAGAAUGCUGUCAAAUUGAAAAGAUUAUCAUGGAAUCCAAGCAUACACAACUAAAAAACCAAGCACUUCCGGAGUUAAAGACCCAUAGUACUCUUUGA